AUGGCCUACGUGCCAUCGUCGGACGUGCCGUCGGCAUUUCUAAUAAGUUCCGAUGCUGACGCAGUACUUCUGGAUUUGUUGGGAACAUUUGUCUUACUCGAUGGAGGAUCUGAAAAAGUUCUGUUCACCAAGCAUGUGCGGCAGAUUGAUGCCAAUGUGAUAAGUGCUCCAACCAAAGCAGCUCUUACUAAUGCUGUGGAACUAAAUAAGGAAACCGUCGUUCCUCUAGUUGGGAAUAUCCCUACAGUGAAAUCGGCGGGCUCUGAUGGAUCAGUUGCUGGGCUCUUGAAGUCUAUUGAGCAUGCAUCUGAAACGCGACCAGUCAUCACACCAACACGCUUCAACCCGAAAUACGAGCCCAUUGUGAUCAGCAAAUCUCUCCGUAGUGGUCGCUUGGAACUAAUUGUACUCGCUGGUGAUCUCAAGGAAGUAGAAGCACUCCACAAAGCUGUCGAGACUGGAGAUGAACACAUCAUCGAAAAGGCCGCUUCCAAUCAUGGAACCAUCUCCGUUUUGGUUUGGUUCCCUGCAAGGCAGUCUGAUCCAAUCAAACGAAUUUUGCACACAGGUACUGCGCCUUUGAGUCGAAUCAUAUUUGCUCUGGAGAAAGCAAGAUCCCUUCCAUUCCUACACAGUCCUGUUGUAUCGACAGCUAAUGCCUUCAAAGAAGUGCCUCCACCGGCAAGAAUUACCAACUCCAGAGUAACAGUUCCGCCUCGAGUGCAGUCAGCAACAGUUAAAACUAAUUCCACAGCAACCAAGCCUACACCAACAAGACGGCCUGUUACAACAACUGCACAUGGUCCCCCAUCGCGAACUACAACAACCACUGUGAAUAAGACUUGUAUGUUUUCCACAAUGCAAAUCUAUUUAAAAAGUUUUCUUAUCGCAGCACCAGUCAAGCCAUCUCCGGCUCGCCCAGCCCCAACAGUUCCUCCAUCUAAUCGUGCACGAACGGUAGUCUCAUCUACAACGGUGAAACAUACCGCUCCUGCGAACAAAACUGGAUCAUCUUCGAACAACAAGAAGACGGCAGCACACGAAGCACCCAUACAGAAGACCACAGUAAAUCCUGUCAAAGGGGCAGCAAUGUCUCGCGCAUCUGCCGCCAUCGGGAAAGCGGCAGGAGCCGUUGUUGGUAAGACAUCUGGUACGGUAUCGUCCAAAGGUGUCCAUUCAAAAAGUAACGGCUCUGCUCCUCCAGCUCCUGUGCCCGUGCCAGCACCAGAGGAGGUGAAAGAGCCAGCGCCUACUCCAGUUGAACCAACGCCUCCGUUGGACGAUUCCGUGGUAUGUCUUGACGACGUAGUGCCAGAUAUAUGCGUUGACGCCCCUCAAGAUCCAGCUUCUUCUACACUCCGCCCUGCAGUGGAACUCGUUGUAAUUCCACCAACGCCUGAACCAAGGUCGCAAUCAGGACGUUCAUCCGUUGAUGGUCCUCUAUCUCCCGCUGUUGUGCCAAAGUGUGAUGACGAUAAACCGCCUAAUGAGCAGCACGUGUUGCCAAGUGACGAUGACAAACCAGCCAUUGGUGAUCUUCCUUCUCCAGUUGCAGCCGAUACAGUUCCUCACUCUGAACCAGAAUCUCAUGACGGACAUGAAAAGAAUGAGCCUCCUCCGUCCGCGGCUCACGAAGAGCAUGAUUCUCUCACUGAUCGUAAGGAAUCUCCUGAACCUGGCACUGAACACAAAGAUUCAUCCGAACCCACAGCACCAAGCUCACAAUUGGACAACUUUAUUCCUGAAAUGCCGAGCGGACUACCCGACGCAUCUGGUCCGGUGGAAUCUGGAGCAACUGAACCUACAGGACCAAGUGCUCCAGUCGACAAACCUGAGCCUUCGGAGCUAAACGCACCUUCAGACAAAGGCGAACCCACGAGUCCAGAUGCUUCCGUUAACAAGCCGGAACCUUCUGAAUUACCUUUUGGUGACGAUAAAUCUCCUGCAGAACUUCCUGUUGAUGGUGACACAUUUGAACAUCCGGAGCCGAGUGCACCUGAGGACCAUGUUGAACCUACAGAGCCAACAGAGCCAAAUGCUCCAGUCGAUAAGAAGGAACAUCCGGAGCCAAGCGCGGAUGGCGGCAAAUCUGAACCUGUUGAACCUAGUGCGCCACCUCUAAUCCCCAUGCCAGAUCCGAUUCCCAGCGGUACUCAUGACCCACAUAAUCCGCCUAUCGGUGAGCCAGAAACAAUUCCUCAACAUGUUGAUAUACCCAAAAGUGAUGACGACAGCAUUGGUCCAGCAUCUCCUCCAAAGUCACCACAUUCGCAAGAUGACUCGCUUCCUCAUCCGCCAGGUCCAGCAUCUCCUCCAAAGUCACCACAUGCGCAAGAUGAUUCACUUCCUCAUCCGCCAUUCUAUGGAGACGUUGCUCCAGCAGAACCCUUCGUGCCACCGUCAUUGAAUCGUGAAGGUCAAGCAUCUCCUUCAGAUCUGAUCGAAGUGCCCGAAGAGUUUAAGAGUCCUCACAAGCCACAAGAAGUUGGAGAAAACGGUUUGUUGGACGAUUUGGAGGAGCCCCCAAGACUCAUGAAAAUCAGUAUGGAUACCGACGAUCUAAAAAGGGCUUUGGAGAACGAUGACACAAACAAGAACCUUCCACACGAGGAUGAACCGAGCAAGACUGAUGUACAUGAUGAUGAGCUGAGCAAGAAGGAUUCAGAUGAUAAGGAAGACUCAAGCAAGAACGAUUCGUCUAAUCCUGCAGAGCUAGCGCGGAAACUUAGUCGACAAAUGAUUGAAGAAGCCUCCACUCCUCUAGCUUCAGCGCUUGCAUCAGCUUUAACCGAUGCUGUAGGAGCUGCGCAAAAGGUAGGCGAAUCUGCUUACGAAGGUAUAGCCGAUCUUGCAUCUUCAAUUACGGAAACUGUCACAGAAGGAGUAAAAGAUGCUGCGGAGCUGGCGCAGGAGAAGAUGAAAGCCAUGCAAACGCGCUCGAGUCUCGUUGAGAAUGACGACGACAACCAUUCUGUGAAAUAUGAAAAAGUGGACGAGGACGGUUUCCGUUUGGCUUCAGCUGAUCACGAUUUACGGCUGCACCUUCCACCACUUACAGCAGCGCGAGGAAAUCGAGCAGCCUCGGUGCCUCACUUGUCGCGGCCACUCUUCUUCGAACUUGUUACCGUGCCUCACCUGAACGGCAAAUGUACCAUCACCGAUGAGCAGAGUGCUAUUGAGUACUUCACAAAUAUUAGAUCAGCUAAUUACAUUCUCCACAGCGAAGACGUUUCUCCCGCCGUUUUGGAUGGAUGGCUUGCUGGGAAGAAACAAUGGUUCCGUGACGGUAUGGUUUUUAGACUUGAAAUNAUCACCGAUGAGCAAAGUGCUAUUGAGUACUUCACAAAUAUUAGAUCAGCUAAUUACAUUCUCCACAGCGAAGACGUUUCUCCCGCCGUUUUGGAUGGAUGGCUUGCUGGGAAGAAACAAUGGUUCCGUGACGACUUGAAAUGCCGUUUGAUUCCAACACGGCAUCAUAGCGCUCUAAUGGCGUUUGUCACUGCACAUGCCCCAGAAUUGGAGGAACAUGGUUUGGUGAUAAACUCAUCACUUGAGCAUAAUUCCAUUUCCAUAAACACAGAAGAUGGACGGGAAGACUAUCAUAUGAUUAAGAUCGAACUGUAA